GCGAAGCACAGGAUCCGACCUCGAGCCACUGGCGGCAGCGGCUCACCUAUUUUUGGGCACAAUGCCCUCCCUCUGAGUAUUAUCGACUCUUAUGAGUCCGUGCAGGCUCGGCCCCAGGACUUCCCCUCCUGCCACUGCAACAUCAGCAGCAUUCGAGAAUCCGAUUCCGAGUCUUACGCAGACAGACGAAGAGACCGAGGUCCAUCGAUCUGCAGACUCCUUCGUCGAGACUGGAAAUUUAGGGCCUCACGUGCUCUGCAUGGAAGUGACGCCGAGAUUUCCCUUGUACAAGUUCCUGGUGCUCCAAUUUGGUACUUUGAUCGCUGUCGAUGGGAUGGAGCGGUUCGGCUCCAGUUUCGGGGUUCGGGGCGUGUGAGGAAAUCAGAAGUCGUUUGAUUCGACAGGUGGGAAACGCAGAUGGAAAUCUGGCAAAGCAUUGACAUGCAUUGUGACUGUUAGACAGAAGUAAUCAGAAUCAGAAUUGUAGCAAUUCGAGUACAUGUCUUUGUUUCCUUUUGUUCGAGAUUCGAUCAUGAAAGGUAUCGUUUGAAACGUCGUCGUGCGCAUGGAUGUUGUUAUAUUCUUUAUUUUUUAAUCCAGAAUUCUGUUUGCU